GUCAGUGGCAACUAGUUCGUUUCUCCCGACAUCAUGCCACGUCUCUUUUACAUAUUGCUACUGGGAGUACUCCUCAAUGAAAGAGCAAUUCAUUCAUCUGCCAUCGACAGCAAAGCGGUGGGCGAACCAACCUCAAGCGUGAAGACCAUAGCCAACCAAACUGCUGAGAUCCAUCCGCCGAAAACCAGGCAAGUUGAGGACGUUAUCAUCGCUGACGGAAGAGAAACUUUAAAGGAAGUAAUAGACGAUCAAACAACUCAUCUCUUUUUCGGAGAAGCGAAUUCAUUCGCAAACAAAGGCAACGUUCGAACAUUCCCGGCAGACGCGUUCGGUACUCUAUUGAUUCCAACAAACCAAGAAGCAAAAAUUGAAAGUUCUGCGGAUGCUCCCGUCAUUAUCCUGAAUACCAAUGAACCUGUUCAAGCAGGAGAGGUCGAUGUUCCAGUUUUCGAAACUCAGCCACGGCAGGAUGCAGAAAAUCCAACUGGAGAUUCACAAAUCGUUGCCAGCGUAAGUGAAUCGUUUGCUGAGAGCCAAUUGGAUGCAACCAUCGAUCAAUUCGCCCGGAACGCAACAACUGGAGAAUCGAUUGCCAUUAGCAAAAUGGAUGAGCCGGCACCGGCUAUUCAAACUAGCGGACAAGCCGCUCCAUUCGAUCAAGCAACAAAUAUCGGAACAUCUUUCGUUACCGACAGCGAAACAGGUGAGGGAAGACAAUCAACGGCUAGCCAAAUCACUCACGUUCAAGAAACUGAAAUUGCGGUCGGUGAUCACGCAAGUCCAUUUCCUUCGACUUCGGGAGGACUUGACACAUUUCAGAUGGAACAAAAAGGUGAUUUCGCUGUAGAACUGAAUCCUAAUACUAACGAACGUUUCAACAUGAGAAGCCAAACAGCAACCAACUUAAACUUGUCUGGAAGGGCGAGCCAUUUGCCGUUGGUAAAAGUGAAACAAGUUUUCAACAUUCACGUUAAACCAUCCGCGUCCUAUAGACCAUUUCCCAGAGCACAAUGGAGACAGGAAGAUUCGUCUGUAGAAUUUGUGCUGAACGAUCGGGUUCCCGUUCAAUUUGAAACAGGUCAAUUAGCUCGAACUCAAGAGUCUAAUUUAGGUAACGUAGAUUCUUUCGUACAUGAAGAUAUCGCUGGGCCUGUACAAGUCCAGCCAGAGCCCAUAGACCUCGGCCGUGUUAUCGUGCCAUAUGGAGUGCCAAUGGAUCCCGUCGUUCAUCAGGUAAGUCUAGCCGAGCAAGGACCGAAUUCAGGUAGAACCGAUAGCUUUAUCAUCAUCAGCAGUGCGGAACAGUUUCAAAAGGAUGCGGAUGUCAUCCUCACGAUCCGACCAAAGGCAAAUUUAGGCACUGGUGUCUUCCAUACUAACGAAGGCGUUGCGCAAACGAUCCCAAUCCAACCUGAAAUAAAUUUAGGAAGAGCUGAUGCUUUUGUUAACACUGAAAUUGAAGGAGGAACUCAAUACGAGCCGGAAACGAACAUCGGCGAAACUAUUACGGUUACUAACAUUCAAACCGAACCAAGAACUGAAAUGACAGGCAUUGUUGGUUAUCAAACUGAGAGCGAUCAACCUGCAGAUAAGCAAAAUCAAAUCUCCGAUGAAAGAGCACUGAGAUCCGCAUUUGCUUCGAACGCAAGCCAAAGCCAACAAUCAAGCAAUACCAAUACCCAAAGACCAAUCAAUCUUAAUCGGCAUGUCAAUGACGGAGAUGUGGAUGAGCCUAACAUCUCCAUUGAAAUCGUAGACAGGGAUCCCCGCGUUGGAGCUAAACAAGCAACUGCCCAGCGGAACAGAACUGUUGUGGUAGAAGUGGACGAUGGCAUUGUGUCCAGCGAAAUUAUCGGUCACAUUGAUGAACAUCAGAAGAUUCAUCUGCCCAGACCAGUUCCAGAACAAGAAACGCCUUCAACGAAAGCUCCACGUCGCGGUGGCAAUCGACAAAAAGUGCCACAGGUGACGAUUGAACAAAUUCAAGCAGCUGUUAUUGAUAACCAUGCCGAUGAAAUGCUUGCUUCCAACUCAAGCCAAAGCCAACAAUCAAGCAAUAACAAUAUCCAAAGACCAAUAAAUCUUAACCGGCAUAUCAUUGACGGAGAUGUUGAUGAGCCUAACAUCUCCAUCGAAAUCGUAGACAGGGAUCCCCGCGUUGGAGCUAAACAAGCAACUGCCCAGCGGAACAGAACUGUUGUGGUAGAAGUGGACGAUGGCAUUGUGUCCAGUGAAAUUAUCGGUCACAUUGAUGAACAUCAGAAGAUUCAUCUGCCCAGACCAGUUCCAGAACAAGAAACGCCUUCAACGAAAGCUCCACGUCACGGUGGUAAUCGACAAAAAGUGCCACAGGUGACGAUUGAACAAAUUCAAGCAGCUGUUAAUGAUAAACAUGCCGAUGAAAUGCGAGAUGAUAGUUCGGUUGAGAGACUUAAACAGAAUAGCCGAAAUCAAUCGACACCGUCCCGAAACUCUGAAGAACAGGAUGAUCAUUCGCUGGAAGUCAAUGUCAGAUUGCUGUCAAAAAUCAAACGAAUUAUGAGGCCCCAAUUGCGCAAACAAGAAAGACGCCCUAAAAUGGAAUUUUUCCGACACUCUGGAGAGCAAAACGAUGUAUCCUCAGAGUUGAACGACAUUUUAACGAACCCCGUUUUCCAGCAAAAGAUACACGAAAUGGAUGGUCGUUUGAAAUCGGCGCCGGAAGCUAGAAGUAAGCGCCUCAUGAAGAAAUACGCUGAAGCUCUUGCGUUAUCUUCUAGUAGUUCGUCUCCGAUCAUCAACUCGUUUUUGCCAUUCAUUAUCGCUUGCCUAUUAGUUUGUUGGUAACCAGGCACGUUUAAGCUCACUGUA